AUGAGUGAGCUCAAGAUCAUCGCUGAAAUUCCGGCGCCUCCAAUAUUUUUAUGCGGUGAAGUCGUUCGUUGCGAAGUAUCGGUGGUACUCAUGGAUCCCAAAACUGCUUGGAAAAUCCGGAGUAUCGAGGGAAUUCUCGUGGGACAAUAUCGGCUUAAUGCUGCUGCAAUCGGAGACAAGUUCAAGAACCGACCAGUGUUGAAUGAUGUCUUUUCAGCACCACCUGAUAACGAAGCUAAAAUUGAUAGUGCAUUUAUUUCUGGGUUGGACUCUCAGAGUCGUAUUUCUUGGAUUCGACAACUGAACUCCACAAACCAGUGGCCUCUCAUAAUCCACGCUGGGAAACCUCUCGCAAAGAUUGUAUUGAAAUCUCGUCUUCCUGAAAAUUUGCCACCUAGCUAUCGUGGAAACAUUAUCCGUUUUGCUUACAAAGUUCUGGUCAAGGCUCAAGUUAACGACAGACCAGCGCAGCUGCUUCACUUGCCUUUGCGCGUUCUGCCUUCUGUGGGUAGCUGCUAUCCUUUCGACUCCUCCAUUAGCUUUGACUCCUUGCCUUGCCUGUCGGGUAGUGAGAGUCAUGCUUCUCUCGGCUGCGUCUAUAAUCCAUUUCAUGUUGACUUUCACAGCCAGCUUGGACACAAGGGUGGCAUUCCUAGUGAGGGAAUUCUUCAGAAAACGUUAAUGCACCCUGCUGUUUCCGCCAAGCUCUCGCAAUUAUAUAUCAACACGCAGGUCUCGAAUGGUACCACUCUUGGACAUAAGGUUCAAAAGACUGAGAGUAUAAAACGUAGGAAACGAAAAUCUCUAUCACAGUCGCCCUCAGCAUUGUUUGCUGAAAUUGUUUCCUCUAGUUCGGUGGCGAGCUUUAUGCUCUCAGGUCCGAAUGGCCAUAUUUGUCGAAUCACAAUUUUCAAGACGGUUGCGCGAUUAGGGGAUUUGUUACGAGGCUACUUGGAUUUCCGAGCAGCUACUCUACCUGCCUUUGAGUGCAUUAUUCGAGCUGAUACUUAUGAAUUUCUUGACCUAACUACGUAUCCCGAUAAUGAUUUAAGAAGCAACCUUUUGUUCUCCGCAUUGACAAUAAAUGUGUCUACUGCAUUCCAAAAUAGGGAUGUCCCUCAAGCAAACAUGGAUAAUGGAUUUAAAACAUCUUGGUUUGAGACGCGAUUGACUUGUUCGAAUGUAAGUUUUCUUCCAUUUGCGAUCCCAAUUUCUCUGAAUGCACCGGUGGAAUUCAUGCUAUCUAGCAAAUACUGGAAUGGGCUAUGCAGAGUGCAGUGGUACCUGCGAUUUCAAUUCACUGUGGCAAUGUCUAUUCCAAGGCGGAAACCCCAAUUGUCAAUCGAACCAUUGCUAUUUAACCGUUUCCUUCAAGAAAAAACAGUAUCAAAUCAGUUGGAUUACACAUCUCCUAUAAGCUGUGAAACUCAAACCUUCUCCUGGGAGCUUCCCAUUCGCAUCAUUCCAAAUAGUCCGACAGCUUUCCUAUUGCCCAGUCAAUCAUGUUCUUGCUGCACUUUUUCACAUGAAUAA